AAAAAAAUAAAAAAUAAAGAGGAACAGAAGCAUUUCUUUUAAGAGCUUCCAAGUAUCUCUCAUAUCUAAUUGAAGUGUGUUAAGAGAUCAGUGAGAGUAUAUCUGUAAGUAAUUCUUCCAUGUUUAAGAGUGAUUUCUCUCUUAGUAAACCUGGGAAAGCCUGGAGAACUCUUGGACGGCAUCUUCGACUGCAUCCAUGAGAUUACCUCUGCCCUCGCCUUCGCUAGAAUGAGCGACUCCACCGCUUACAGAGUCGAAACCACCUCUCGUCUCGCUCAAUGGAAGAUCGAAAACUUCGCUUCUUGCACUUACAGGAAAUCCGAUCCCUUCAAGAUCGGAAACUGGAAUUGGCGUUUAUCAUUGGAGAAGAAUCGGACAUUAUCGAUUAAACUAUAUCCAGAGAUUUCGAACCUGACGAGAGAGCAACCCCCGAUUGCCUCCUUCAUCAUUCGCGUCCACUUCUCUGUUGGAGAUCGCAAGGCUCUUGUUCACCCAGGGAUAACAGACAAGCCGCUAAAGAACGACGACUUCGUCUGGACGAUUGAAACUCCAUUAACAGGGAAGUUCAUCAUCGAUGUGGAGUUUCUUGAUCUGAAGAUCGCAUCCCCAAUCGGUGGUGAGCCUUGUUCAAUUUGGGCACAAGGAUUCAUCCAGAAGCAGUCAAAUGCAGCAGGUUUAGCAUCACUUGGUCGAAUGUUAUCCGAAAGCAUCCACACGGAUAUCACGAUUUAUGCCUCUGAUGGGAGCAUUGGAGCGCACCGUGCUGUCCUCGCAACAAGAUCACCUGUUUUCUGCAGUAUGUUUUCACAUGACCUCAAGGAGAAGGAGCUAUCAACCAUAAACAUCUCUGACAUGUCAAUUGAAGCUUGCCAGGCUUUCCUUAAUUACAUCUAUGGAAACAUCCAACAUGAUGAGUUCCUCAUCCACCGGCUUGCACUCCUUCGUGCGGCUGAUAAGUAUGACAUUUCGGACCUGAAAGAGGCAUGCCAUGAGAGUCUUUUAGAAGACAUUGAUACUAAGAAUGUACUUGAGAGGCUACAGAAUGCAUCUCUUUAUCAAUUACCAAAGCUAAAGAGUAGUUGCAUGAGGUAUCUUGUGAAGUUUGGUAUGAUAUUUGAUAUUCGAGAUGAUUUCAAUGCUUUUCUGCAAUGUGCAGACAGGGAACUUAUAGCAGAAAUCUUCCAUGAGAUACUUACCACUUGGAAAGGUUUCUGAAAUACUGUUACAGGAUAUGUUUGUGAAGACAUUCUUUUGUUCAUGAUACUUGGUUAAGAUGAUGAUAUACAUUAUUCUUUACGUGAAACAAA